CAACCUGCCUCUUCUUCUCAUCCGUCCUACCAAACUUUAUUGAAUUCUUCUCAAGUACGGCCAUUUGAAAUGGCCGAUUUCUGGGCCGGACAAUCCGGCUUUCUCUCCUCGUACAUGUCUACUCACCCUGAUACCCUGGUCGCCUAUGCAAAAUGGUACGGUAAGGUGAAAGAGCCCAUAACAAGCGCGUCUAUGGUGUCCAUCAAUUCCGAGAAUAUGACUCUGUCGUGCACUCUGGAGCUCAAGCUCGCCUUCGAUCCGCCACUCGCGACGAGCAAAGACGUUAAAUCGCGCCUCAUUGAGAUGGCCGCUAUCUCCAAGGAGGGCUUGGGCAUGCUCAAGUCACCCCAGAUAGACUCGUUUCGUUUCCCGAAACUCCGCGCGUUGACCACGAGUCUCCUGGUCUGCGCCGUCCUUCCGUUCGGAGCAUUUGCAGAUCGUUUGUCCCCCUCGUCGUUCCUCAGCGUGCCUGCUCGAUGGCUGUACUCGAUGGUCACGCCCAGGGCUUGGAAAAUCAUGUUGGCCCUUACGACCGGGAUACAUGUCAUUGAGAGCCUGUACAUGCUGCGAUUGUGCAGGAAGCACCGCUCCGGAGCCCGCACGACUUCCGCAUACAUGAUCGGCACCGUAUUCCUCGGUGCGCCCAUGUGGCAAGAUUUCUCGCAAAGGGUCCAGCGGGCGCGGAUAGAUUCUGUCAAGAGUGUUGUGCGACUGGCGUAGUUCCCAAUUUGGCUGUUGAUCAGACAGUGGGACACACGUCCAGAUGACCGUCGAUGAUCGACCUUUUCUGGAGAGUCUGGUUAAUGCGUGGAGUAAGACGGGUAUUUUUGGGGCUCGUGCAUCAUCCAGCACUCGACUCCCACCAUAAUCACAUAAUAUCCAUUCUGUAUCACUCAGAUUUGUCUUACACGGUCGACGUCGAAUGUGGAAAACAAGACACUUGCCCCUCGGACUCCGCAAUCUAGUGACUCGCCCGUAGCGUUUCUCUCAUCUCGUCUCAUUCGCCCGCCAGAUCGCGUGCUGAUAGCGAAAUUCAAAUGAUCAGGCGAGGCCGCCUUGCGGUUGUAGAUAAGUCGACAAGCAGGCAUCUGUCACCCUCAUCCGUCCUCCACACGCUGUGACCUCUCCCUCGCAAUGGUGGCUGCUCCCUUUUCUCCGCUCGGUUCGCUCAGUGUCUACGAAUCAUUCGACGAGACGCCGCACAUCGGCACCCGCUUCCCCAACAAAGCCGUGCAGCUCUCUCAGAUUCUUCGCGCACCCAACUCCGAUGAGCUCGUGAAGGACCUAGCAACCCUCGUGUCCUACCGCGGCGUUGUGUUCUUCUCGGACCAGGACCUCACCAUCGACGAGCAGAAGGCGCUCGGGCAACGUCUGGGCCAGCUUGCAGGGAAACCGCCGACAUCUACACUCCACGUGCAUCCCAUCUCGGAGGACACGCCUGAGCUGACGAAGGAUGUGUCUGUGAUUAGCUCCGAAGGGGGCAUCGCGCGUAGUGGAUACUCGAGCACUGUGCGUGCGAGCAAUGGAUGGCACACGGACAUCACCUUCGAGCCUGUCCCAUCUGACUAUGCGAUCUUGAAGCUGCACACUGUGCCCUCCGGUGCGCUUUCCGCUCGAGAUCCUGUUUUCGAAACUAAUCGAUCUGAAGUUGGUGGCGACACACUGUGGGCAAGCGGCUACGAAGCGUACGACAAGUUGUCUCCUGCGUACCAGAAGUUCCUCGAGGGUCUGACAGCACUGCAUGAUGGUGCUGGCUUCAGAAGGUAUGCAGAGCGGGUCGGCCGCCCCAUCAAUGAGCCCCGCGGGUCUCCUGAAAACAUCGGCACAGAGUUGAAGGCAGUCCACCCCGUCAUCCGCACACACCCAGUCACCGGAUGGAAAUCCCUCUUCGUCAACAAAAGCUUCACUAAACGCAUCGUCGAGUUGCACGAGGAGGAAUCCGACACCACCCUCGAGUAUCUCAGGCGCCACGUCUCUGAGAACCAUGACAUGCAAGUGCGCUUCAAGUGGAAGAAGAACGACAUCGCUAUCUGGGACAAUCGAUGCACCUUCCAUACCGCCACGAACGAUUUCGAAGGAGUGCGCACAGGCAAUCGGGUUGUCAGUAUCGGCGAAAAGCCGUUUUUCGAUCCUGCAUCCAAGUCUCGUCGGGCAACCCUCGACUUGUAGCUUCCAGUCUGCACGACCCAACCUUCUCGUUUUCAACGGAGAUUAUAAUUGACCCACAAACAACCCAUGUCCAUAUAUGCUAAGAGAUGAUGCUAUACAUUGAGAGAGCGACGAAGUGAGAGAUUCGGCAACGCAGCUGUACUCCUGCAAUGUCUCGUCGAUGAAUGCGGACCGCAGUGCAUCUGAGGACGCCCAAUUACCUGCCGAUGACGGCGCCUUAAUGUUCCGGAGGAAAGCGCCAGCGCAGAGAUAAUCUCGUCGGAAUAGAGUCCUGACCCUCCAACCUGGAUGCGUGAGUGGAAUCAAACCCCGAGCCCCAUCCAUUCACUCCCAGGGACUUCUAUGACUCUCUUGGCACCGCUCCGGACGCCGUCCUCGCCCGUGAGUCUCGAUUCGACGCACAGCGCUCGGGCGUCGUGCCCCGGGGCAUCGAGCGGCAGGCCGGCUGCGAUGAACGUGCUUCUCCGCACGAGAUGCGAAGCAGGCGCGUAUGCGGGUGGUGUCAGCGCGGAUCGGUGCGCGCGUCGCCAGAACGGAGAAGGGCGCACUGGCAGUGGGGUGUGAAUAUGGCUUGAGUCGGUGUCACGGAUGACUCACAUAGUGGGGGAGGAGGGCGCACGAGUUCGCCCCCUCGCAUCGUCAUCCCGCCCUCCGCAACAUACGCAUACCCACCGUGCCCGGCAGUCACACUGCGUCGCGGGGUCUGCCUGCUGCCGAUCCCGUUGAUGCGGCUUGUGUCCGGUAUUAGACCAGGCGGAAACUGCUGCGGUCGGAAGAUAGCAUCGUCGACUGGGCUUCCGGUCCUCCGGAUUUCGACCUCCUCUCGUCGAAAAGAUGUCUGAGUGGGAGGUGCACUUUGCGAUCGCUGCGGCCGAUGCCUGUUUUGCGGGCUUUUCCAGGUAUUCAUAGGAGGACUGAGCAAGGCUAUGUCGCGCCUCAUUUGUUCUCUGCGAGCCGCAGACUCAUCUGGGAGCGGAGCGGAUUCAAGUGUGACCAUGAUGGGGGAUGGUGCACGAUUACGACGAGUAGCGAGGGGUGAGGGUGAGGACGAACGAACGAUGGAGGACACUAGAGAAGUCACCGAGGAGGAUGCGGCUUUCUGGUGUGCAUACAGGGGUAUUGGGGAGACGAGGACCGUGAGAUCGGCCAUUUUGAAGUAAUGAAUGGAGAGGGCGG